AUGGAAGCCGCGGCACUGGUGCCCGUUGUGGCAUCUCGUCCGUCUCCAAAACACGACAUUGACCGCGCCGUAUCUCGGCAAGAACCUCGCCCUCGUGGCGCUCUCGCCCGGGCGCUACGCGUCUCGUUUGACGAGAUAGCUCCCCGCCGACGGCGACACCGAGGGUUCGCGUGCUCCACAACUGCAACAUCCGCGCCAUCAACUUCAUCAGGCACUUCAGCUCCAAUUGCGCCUGAAGUGACCUCAAUCGUUCCUUUACCGUCGUCUCCCACGGCUUCUACUGCGGUUGAAGACUCGGCACUGGUACCAGCAGCCCCUCCAACGCGUCCUCCAGCUUUUACACCCUUCCCCGAGGAUUCGCUGCGCGACUUGCUCGCUGAGAGCUCCGAAGCAUCGGUGAAUGCUGUGAUGGUGCAGAUUCUGCCAUACUUGACUCACAUCAUCCGCCAUCAAGUCCAGCUCAGCAUCGUGCCACCGCUCCGUGGCGAAAUGAACACCCAGCACGAACUCAAAGCCCGGUUCAUCUCUGAUCAAGUGGAAGUGGCGGCUGCACAACGAUCUGUCGCUCCCCAUAUCAUUACUCGUGAGAACUCUGAGCUUCUUUCCAAGCUUACCAACGACAAGGCCGCAACUCUUGUGGCCGACCUGAAGAACGCCAGGAAACUACGUCAAGGUCGACACACUCUUCAAGAAGACCGGGGCGAACACCAGAUACUACGUCGAUAA